AUGAAUGGUUAUCGUUGCGGUAAUAACAAAUUCUCGAUGCGUUUACGCAACAAAGGUGCAGAACACCGUCACAUGCCAUUUUGUGCUUUAGACUUUUCAGAGAAAAUGCCUGAUAACAGUACAACCGAUUAUGAUGAUAAUAUAGAGUAUUCCAUGAUUGCUGGCCUGGAGAGUGAGUUCAGUGACACUGACUCAGAAUCUGAUUUUGUUGAUGAGGUCAACUGCGAUUCUUUUGAUGUGAUGCGUGCUGCUGAAAAAGUUCAUAAGGAAUAUAAUAGCCUUGGUCCUCCCAAUGUCAAGUGUACCCAUUGCAACGCUUAUAUGUGGCGAGAGGAAAGAGUUAAUAAAAGCUGCGUCAAGGGUACACCAAUCUUUUCUCUGUGUUGUGCUAAGGGUCAAAUACAACUCCCAAAGGAGCCAAGAACACCAUCUUUGAUUUGGCAGUUACAUAAUGAUAAGCAAAAAUCAAAACGCUUCCAGGAUGGUAUUAGGCUGUACAAUAGCCUUUUCGCAUUUACCUCAACCGGUGGUAAAGUAGAUCAUUCUAUCAAUAACGGAGGUGCACCAUAUAUAUAUCGCUUAAAUGGUCAGAACCACCAUCUUUUUGGUAGUCUUAUCCCCGACGAAGGUAAAGAUCCAAAGUUCUGUCAAUUAUAUAUAUAUGACACGCAGAACGAAUUGAACAAUCGUCUCAAAUGGGUCAAUGUUGGUGAUGGAAAUCAAAUUGAUGCUGAAAUUGUUGAAGCCCUCACCAAAAUGUUAGAUGAGACUAAUGAAUUAGUUAAGGAAUUUAGAAACUGCAGAGAUCGGUUUGAGGCACAUGGUGUACAAGAUUUGGAAAUUGUUCUUAAAGUAUCUCGGUCUGAAAGUGGCCGUGAGAAUCACAUUACUCCAUCUGAUGAGGUAGCUGGUGUGAUGGUUGGUGAUCUUGAUGACACAGAUGGUAACCGUGACAUCAUUAUAAAUUCGAAGAUUCGAGGUUUGGAGAGGAUAACUGACAUUCAUCCAAAGCUUAUGGCUCUACAGUAUCCCCUAUUAUUUCCUGCAGGAGGUGAUGGCUAUCAUAAGAACAUACCUUUUGGUAAAGUUGAUAAAACAACUAAAAAGGCCAGGGGAAUGAUUUCAAUGAUGGAGUAUUAUUCAUACAAAUUCCAAGUCAGGUCUGAUGAAGGCAUGACACCAAGGCUCGGCGGUCGACUUUACCAACAGUAUGUUGUUGAUGCAUUUUCAACCAUUGAGCAAGCAAGGUUAUGGUGGUUCCGGACACACCAAACAACCUUACGUUCUGAUGUAUACACAAACAUUAAGCAGUCCAUUAGUACAGGCUCAACUGAUACAUCAAACAUCGGAAAAGGUUUUAUUCUUCCAUCUGGAUUUGUUGGCUCACGAAGAUACAUGCAGCAGAACUUUCAAGACGCCCUCGCUGUAUGUCGUUAUAUAGGCCAUCCUGACAUCUUCCUCACAAUGACCACGAAUCCGUUAUGGGAUGAGAUCUUGCAAAUGAUGAAACUUAUUCCUCACUGCUCUCCUCAAAAUUCCCCUGAUGUUAUAGCCCGUGUAUUCCGUUUGAAACUGGACCAACUGAUUGAUGAUAUUAAGCAGAAAAAAUAUUUCGGUACAUGCCUUGCAGUUAUGUACGUAGUUGAGUUCCAAAAGAGAGGGCUUCCACAUGUUCAUAUGUUAAUCUGGUUGGAUUCUUCUUCAAAAAAAAAUUUGAUAGCUAAUGUGGACAAAUUUGUAUCGGCGGAGCUUCCAGAUCCCCAAGUUGACCCUGUUGGUUAUGAGACAGUUUCCAACUUCAUGGUGCAUGGUCCCUGUGGCAGAGAAAAUCCUAAAUCACCUUGCAUGAAGGAACACAAGUGUACAAGACACUUCCCCAAAAAGUAUUGUGCUUCUACCACUUUUGAUCAAUCAGGUUUUCCAAUUUAUAAGAGGCGGAAAUUGCACACCACUGUCAAGAAAGGAAAAUCAUUGUUAGAUAACCAAUGGGUUGUCCCGUAUAACCGGGAUUUGUUGGUCAGAUAUCAAUGCCAUAUGAACGUCGAGAUUUGUGCACAUGCCCGUAGCUUGAAAUAUCUUUUCAAGUACUGCUUGAAAGGCCAUGAUCGUGCCACAGUGGAAAUUAGAAGCAAAAAAAGUAGAACUGAAACAGGGGAGGAGCUGCCUGGUCGUGAAGAUGAAAUUCAAUCUUUUUUUGAUGGUCGGUACAUUUGUGGCUGUGAAGCUGCCUACCGUAUCUUUGGUUUCAAUAUACACUACAGAUCAUUGGCAGUGGAGAGACUUUCAUUCCAUCUCGAGGGUAACAAGUACUGUACAUUUAGAUCUGAUGAGCCCAUAGAGAAGAUUGCUGAAAGAGAAAAAGGAAAAUUAACCCAACUAGAAGCGUUCUUCUGUUUAAAUGAAAGUGAUAUCAAUGCAAGAAGUUACCUAUAUGAUGAAAUCCCACAACACUACGUAUGGAAUGAUUAUGACAGAGUCUGGACACCAAGGAAGAGAGGGAAGAAAAUUGGCAGGUUGGCUUAUACACAUCAUUCCAGCGGAGAAUUAUGGUAUCUUCGCCUACUAUUGACCAAAGUACGUGGUCCAACAUCUUUCAUAUCCUUGCGAACAGUUAAUGGAAAAUUAUUUCAAACUUACCAAGAAGCAUGUAAGGAAUAUGGCCUUCUUGACGAUGAUAAUGAAUGGGACCAAGUACUCGAAGAAUGUUCACAAUCAGGAUUUCCACCUCAAAUUCGUCAGUUAUUUGUCCAUAUCAUGGUCAAUUGCAAAGUUGCUGACCUCUCUGUGCUAUGGAAUAAACAUUGGAUCCACAUGGUGGAUGAUUUGCUGUUAAAACAACAGAAGCUGACGGGGAAUCCUCACUUAAUCCUCAAUGAAAAACAACAGCAAUUCUUUGCUCUCGCAGAAAUUCACACAUUACUUAAAAGCAUUGGAAAAUCUCUGAAAGAUUACACCCAAAUGCCUCAGCCGCCUUCCACGUAUCUUGAUUGCGGUAUCAACAAUUUGAUAAUUGAAGAAACAAGUUACGACAUUUCUGAGAUGGAAAAUGACUUUAAUGAUCUCUACUCAAAGUGUAAUGAUGAACAAUUGAAAGUUUUUAGUUCUGUCAUGGAUUCUAUCGAGAAAAAAGAAGGCGGUGUUUUUUUUGUAUAUGGUAGUGGAGGAUGCGGGAAAACUUUCCUGUGGAGAACUCUUAUUUCGAAAUUAAGAUCAGAAAAGAAGAUUGUGCUUCCUGUUGCUUCUUCAGGUAUCGCUGCUACACUAAUGCCAGGUGGUCGUACUGCGCAUUCAAGGUUUAAAAUACCUAUCGUCCUUGAUGAUCACUCAAUGUGUAAUAUUUCAAACACAUCUGAUAUAGCUGAAUUGAUCAAGCGGACGGAGCUCAUAAUUUGGGACGAGGCACCUAUGCAGCACCGUUUUUCAUUUGAAUGCCUUGAUCGUUCCCUUAAAGACAUAAUGAAAUCAGUUGAUCCAAAGCGUUUCAACAUGCCUUUUGGUGGAAUUACAGUUUUAUUUGGUGGCGAUUUUAGACAGAUUCUUCCUGUUAUACCCAGAACAGGGCGUGGUGAGGUUGUGUCUGCAUGUAUCACAAAUUCUAAAAUCUGGAGGAUUGCUACCGUGUUCAAGUUGGUGCACAAUAUGAGAUUGAAUAAAGGAAGAAACGAGGAAGAGGUUACUUCUUUGACAAAAUUUGCAGAGUGGGUACUUGAUGUGGGGGAUGGAAAAAUCCCACGUUGCACAGAGUCAAAUGGUGAAAACAAUGAAGACGAUAUAAGAAUUCCUGAUAACUUCUGUAAUAUGGAUACUCCAAAUACAGUGGAUGAGAUGGUAAAGAGUACUUACCCUGAUUUCUUGCAGAAUUAUCAGAAUUCGGAUUAUUUGAGUGAGCGAGCUAUACUAACACCAACCAAUGUCACAGUUGGAAAUGUUAAUAGUCUUAUAGUGGAGAUGCUACCAGGUGAGUCCACAACGUAUUAUAGUGUCGACACAGCUGAAGAUUAUCCUGGCAAUGAGAGGGAUCAACUGGCAGCCUUCCCACCAGAAUAUUUGCAUUCUAUCAACAUCCCGGGUAUGCCUCCACAUGAUUUAAAGCUUAAAGUAGGUGUUGUAGUAAUGCUCAUGCGUAACUUAAAUCAAACUUUGGGAUUAUGUAAUGGGACGAGAAUGAUGGUUACCAAAUGCCUCAAACUAUGUGUUGAGUGUGAAGUUAUAUCGGGACAUUACAAAGGCACAAAGCAUUUCAUCCCAAGGAUGGAAUUGUCGCCGUCGGAAACUACUUUGCCUUUCAAAAUCUGUAGGAAGCAGAUGCCUCUACAAAUCUGCUAUGCUAUGACCAUUAACAAGUCCCAAGGACAAUCUCUACAGAAGGUUGCACUGUUUUUGCCGAAAGGCGUCUUCACGCAUGGACAGUUGUACGUUGCUCUUAGUCGUGUUACAUCACCACAAGGACUGAAGCUUUUCAUAGAUGAUGCUGAUGGAAACAAUACAAACAUUACUCAGAAUGUUGUCUACAAGGAAGUACCCUCUACAAUGGAAUUUAACAAGUAUGAUGUGGUUGAAUGUUUGGAUGAUUCCAGAGAUGACUGGACAAUUCAAGUUAGAGCGCAGUCAAUUUGGAAAGGAAUCACAAAAAAAACUGGGGAGUUUAGAGGAUAUAAUAUAGUCUUCUUCGAUGACUCUGGCUGUAGGAUACAUGCUUUCAUAUCUCCCAAAAUUACACCAAAAUUUGAGAAUAUACUUGAAGAAGGCAAGAUAUACAACAUAAAGAAUUUUAUAGUAAAGAUAUUUAAUGGGGAUGAAACAAGCAGAGCUGUUAGAAAUGAAAAGCAUGUUUUCUUCGAAAACGAUACUGAGAUGGAAGUAGUGGAAGAAGAGCCACCCAAUUUUCCUACACACAGCUUUGAUUUCUUCUGCUUGGACCAAAUUGAUGGAAUGAAAAACGACAACCGCUUCCUAACUGAUGUUGUAGCAGUGGUAGAAGAUGUGCAACAGAAGGCCACAUAUCAAAAAGACGGCAAAGAGAAAUCACAUGUGGCAUUCACUAUUACUGAUGGGAAGAAAACAAUCAAUGUCACUUUCUUCAACGAGUUUGGUGAUCUCUUUCUGAAAGCAAAGGAAUGUUUCAAGGAUGAAACACUGAUAAUAAUUAUAAGCUUUUGCAAAGUCAGUCAAUGGAAUGGUGUGGCCUACUUAACAAACUUCCUUCCAACAAGAUUUUACCUAAAUCUUGACCACCCAGCUGCUAAUGAAAUGAAGAUGAGAUCUCUGCAACCAAAUUUUCAUACAAUGGAAAUAGAUGAUGAACCUGAAAGCAAUGCAUUGCCCAUCAUGAAAGUAUCUGAUAUUAGAAAACUGGAUGAAAGUUAUGCCCAGAGGAAAGUGUUAUGCGAGGUUACCGUUAAAAAAUUUGAUGAGAAGAUGAAUUGGUUUUCCCCUUACUGUAUUCAAUGUGAUCAAGACUUGCAGCAAGUGGAGGGUAAUUACAAAUGCUGUAACCGAAGCUAUCCUUAUCCAGACAAAAGGUUUCGACUGUACAGUUUAUCUUCUGAUGAUAGUGGCACAAUUCCUAUUGUAUGGCCGGAUGAUGAAAUCAGCCGUCUAACAGGGAAGACUAUCUAUGAUGUUGAAAGUGAUGAGUUAGAGACUAAUGCUGUUGCACCAAUACCGCCGAUUCUGAAAAGCUUUGAGAAAAAGAAAUACAAAGUUACCAUUCUCCUUACUGAAGAAAAUGUGAAGAGCGGUUCCAAAGUCUAUAAUGCAACCAACAUAUCAAACCCAAUUGAAAUCUCUGACACACACGAACCAAAUUUGGGAAAAAAUGAGACUGUUGAGAAGAACCAAACACCACCUGUAAAAGUGGACAAGGUUAUCGUCAGUAAAGAUAAUAGUCCACCAACAGAAGCAUCCACAACACGCAGCCGUUCAAGGUUGGUUGAAGGUAUAGUGGAAUACAAUGACGAGCCCAACAUCAAGAUUCAGAAAAUCAAACAAAUCAAACUUGAGAAGAAAUGA